AGCAUGUUUUUAUUUUCAACAGAUACCCUAGUCUAGCAAUUAAUGUUGCAGCAUCAAAGAUUUUGUGGUUACUGGUAAUAAAUAAUGUCUACCUUUGUUCAUAAAGCUACUCUUUUGAACCGUCUAUUAGAUGCAACAAGAGAAUGUCAGACUCGAUAUUCAACAAAAAAAGAAAUAAUGACUGAAACAAACAGUUGUGUAUCGUGUGUAUGUCGUCAGUUUGAAGAUGUUCUUUCUCAUGGUAUCAAACAACGUCCAAUCGUUAGUGGUAUUGCAACUAUUCAAAUUGUAACUGGGUUACAGUUGGUUGAUCAAGAUGUUGUAUUUUGGCAUUGUGUACAAAAACAUUUAAGCAAACAUGAAGUUGAGCGCUUUAAUAGUUUAUACCACAUUUCUACAGAUAUUGGAAGAGGCCGUGCAUGGUUAAGGAGCUCUUUAAAUGAACACUCUUUGGAGCGUGUACUACAAAUGCUUCUAAGUGAUCCUCUUGGACUGAAAUCGUAUUAUUCUCAAGAUGCAUUUUUACUUGAUGAAGAAAAAGCAAGUCUCUUACCCCAAAUUGCGGGGGGAUUGAAAAGUGUUAUGUUUUCAAUAAAAAUCGAUGAUAACGCAUUAAACAGUUUUCCUCAAAGUUUUGGAAAUAAUCUCGGUCAUGCAAGGGCGGAUAGCGGUGGUGGUGGAGGCUUUACUCUACCUUCUCUGUCUCAAGUUUCCAAUUUAUUAGGUCAUGAAGUUGCAAUGGAAGAGUUCCCACAGGCUGCCAUUCAAACAGUUGGCAGCUUGCCAGCUAAACUAGACGAAGGUAAUAAGAAGCGAAAGAAAAAAGCAAAGACAAAAAUAAUAACGUUUGGUCAUAAUGGAACUUCUUUGAGUGAGAGAUCUGCCUCUGUCUGGAGUGCUGAUGGCCGGGGAUCAUCUAGAAGAAGUCAUUCGUAUUCACAUGAGACUUCGAAUUCCUCAAUUGAAAGUCAACUUGACAUUAGAUCAAACAUAAAUUCUGAUCAUUUGCAAAAUGAUGCGUCCGGAUACACUAUGCAAACAAUCGAACCUGCAUCAAACAAAAAUACAACAGAAGCAAGCUUCACAAACAGAAUGACAGAUAUUCCCAAGCAAAAUGAGGAAUUGCAUAUUCAUGCAACUAAUAAAAAAGCUACUGCUGUACUUAUGACCCUCGAUUUUGAACCGGAAGAAGAUAUUUACAAGCUAACAUUAGAAGAGAAUAUUGACGAAUCAAAGCCAAGCUCAAGUAGCAUUAUUCUUCAAAACGAUCCUCGACCUGGGAAAGAUAUGAAUUUGGUUUUUAAUGAAGCAAAUAAUAUUAUCAACCCAUCACUGGCAGAGAGCUACAGUGAAAAGAAAAUUGCAGACAAACUAGACUCUUCUUUCCAAUUAAGAUUCGAAAGUGGUAGUGACAUAUCCUCACUCAAUGAGUCUGCGGAAACGGAUGCAAAAUCAAUUGUAUCAACUUCAAGUUCUAAUCAAUUUGAUGUGAAUUAUUCAGACACUGGAAGUCUAAACUCUGGUGCUGAAAUAAUGUUCACACCCUUGAACGACACGGAUUCUAUAGCAUCAAGCGGUUCAUUCCCAACUACUUUAAUGCACAGGAAUUUUCCACUAUCCAGAUACACUCAUUCUCCAAAAAACAAUUCAUCAAGUUCAUCCAUGUUUGAUGACGAUAAGACUUCUGAUGGAAAAAAUGCAGAUCUUCAAAAAGCACUAGUUGUUUUAUUACAACGUAAAGAUGAACUUGUGGAGGAAAACAAAGCUAUCAAAGAAAUGUUGAGAGCUGAACAACAGCACAAUGCUGAUUUGCGAGAGGAGAAUGAAAAACUAAAGCUGCAGGUGGAGGAUCUGGAACAUGCAGCAAAAUCAGAUUCACAGAAACAGCUUAGAGAAAACGAAGUUCUUAGAAAUCAAUUGAAGAAAUACGUAGGAGCUGUCCAUGCUCUCCAGCAUGGAAAGGCAUCAGGUGUAUCUCAAGAAGGAAUACCUGGUAUUGGAGAUGCAGAGGACGUGUCAUCAUCUCCGAACCAAGAUGAAAGCAAUGAAGCAAAGAUUUAUGAACAAAAGCUUAUUGAUGUAACUGAGAUGCAUGGUGAAUUGAUGGAAUUUACGGAGUCAAUUCAUACAAGAUUUCUAUCUGCUCUCUCACUCAUACAUAAAAUGCAUGAUGAAUUGGUGGCACUGCGCGGUCCGAUGCCUACUGAUGAUGUUAUUAAAGCUAUUGAAGCAGACAAGCCAAGAGAUAAUAUGGCAGCUGUACCUGUAAUGGCUCGAGCACUGGUAAAUGUUUGGGUGCCGUCUGCCUUUAUGCAGGGAUCUGGACCAGAAUCACAUCAUGUUUACCAAGUCUACAUAUGUGUUGGAGAAGAUGAAUGGAAUGUAUAUAGAAGAUAUUCAGAUUUCCAUAGUCUGCAUAAUAUGCUCUGUAAAUCAUACCCUGAGAUUCAAAACUUUGGAUUUCCUCCAAAAAAGGGGAUCGGAAAUCGUAACAGCAAAUUUGUCGAGGAGAGAAGAAGAGCGUUUCAGAAGUAUCUGAGAUUAGUCAUGCAUAAUGUAUUUCAGAACAACCCAGAACUCAAAGCCUCUCCAACAAAAGCUACUCUCCUCCAUAUAUUACCCUUUUUCUGUGAUGCUGGUGAUCAGUGCCGUGUAAUAGUUGGUAAGCACAAAAAAUAAGCAAUAAACCUAACCAAGUUUUAUUACUUUGAAUUAUAUUAUUGUUAUACUGUGAUUGUCAGAAUUAGAGACACUUUUAUAUCACUUGAAAGAUUUUAGUUUGAUUAAUAUGCUGAUUAUCCAUUGAAAGUGAUGUUUGAAAUCAGUUACCAGAUCUUAAUGAGCAUGCAUGGCCUUUGAAUGUUUUUUUAUUCUGACCAUGAUUUUUAUGUUUGGCAUAUGUAUUUGAUCAGUGAUCACUUCAUUUAGUACCAUACUUCAGGAAUUCAAUAGUACUUAUAUUUUUUACAUGUAAUAAGUAGACAAAGAUCCAUUUUCUAUUGUCAACUGCCUUACCUGCAAUCUUGGAAUGUUCUGGUUACGUCUUUCAGUUAUAUUUUUGAAUCAAACAUCAAAUUGAAACUACGGCGAAUCACAGAUUUUCAAUUAUGAUAAAAGGAAUGGACUCACUUGUUGUACUGACAUGUUUUAAUAUGCUGGUAUCAAGUGAUCAUGUUAAAUUGUUAGAAUCAAAUUCAAGUCAUGAAUUCAAAUCAUUUUGUAAUGAUUGGUAAAGUGAGUAUAUCAUUCUAUUAGUUUGAAGAUCUAUAUAGAAGUUGCAGUUGAUUUCUUAGAGUUUACAGUUUUACAUUGUUCUUUUAAUUUUUACAUCCUAUUCCUAACGAUGCAGUGUUAAUAAAUGUGAGGUGUGUAUAACUUAUUCAAACUUAUAUUGCUAGUUCAUACAUAUUACUUGAAUACUUAGCCAUGUCAAGAUUGCUUCAUUUUUUGUAUUUGUAGACUGUAGAAUUAUUCAUUCCAUCUCUUUUCUCCUUAAACUAAAUGUUAAAUAUUUUAUCCAAAUAGCCAUAACUCUCACUGGGUAUAGGAAAAUGGUUUGAAUUUGGGUAUGGAGCAAAAUAGUACUAAAAAAUUGCUCCAUAAAUCUUUUUCUUUUGAGCAUGAUUUGACCGGUAUUGGGAGAGAACUCUCGUACUCUGCUAGUUUACAGAUGAUUAAACAUGCUAAAUUUGACUACAGCUCAUUGUGUUGGUGUACACUGUACAUGCCCGAGAGAAACAGAUACAGGAUGUCCCAAAAAAACAGAACAAUUUCCUAAUUACUUCUGUGAAAAUGGAGUAAACUAUUUGAUUUUGUUUAUACUUGAACUUCAGUUUGUGUAAGAUUGUACCCAAAAAUUUCGUGAAUCUAGGACGUUUUGCACAAAAGUUAUGUUCUGUCUAGAAAAUGUUCCAAAUCACCUCUUAAGCUUAAGAGACAGUCUUGUAACCGCUGCGCGGAAUUGAUUAUCCCCAACUCAGUAUACUGCUGAAGUGCGCUUUAUGAUGCCUGGGUAUGCCGAUGACAAAAAUACUAAUUACCUGGGUACAACACCUUCGAAAAAAGUCUUACAGAGAACGCUACACGCAGUUUUGUGCGCAUUAUGGGAAGCCAUUCCCAAACAUUGCAUAAUGUUCCAUAUUGGUUUGAAGACGAAAAUCAAAUGCUGAAUAUGGAACAUUAUGUGGCGGUGCGGGGAAAGUGCUGGGCAUCGUUUGGACAAAGUAGAGGGAUGGAUUGAGUUGAUCAGUGGUUCCAGCAUGACUGGAUAAGAGAGCGAUUUGAGAAAAGGUUGAUCAGCAGGAAGUCUGUCUCCAAUGGAUCAAAAAUUUUGUGCAAAGCGUCCUAGAUUCCUGACCCUUUUUUGGGUCACCCUGUAAAUAUUGAUAUUAAGCUACCUCUGUCAGCUGUAGGGAUUCCCUGACCGGUAUCAUGUAAAACCUAAAUUUUAUGCUUUUAACUCACUCAUUCACGAGGAAAACCUGGCACAUUGUCAAAUAGGCUUGCUGCUUAUUAAUAAUUAAUAUUCAAGUAAACUUAACUGGCAUGAGUAUAUUUUUUAAUCAUUACAAAUCUGAUCCAAAUUUCAUAUUUGUUAACUGGGCUUGAGUAAGCAUCUAACAUGCAGCCUAGGUUAGUUUCCUUCAACACUAAAUAUGGAAAUGUCUUUGAUUAUGUGAUUGAGAAUCUUAUGUUGCAAUAUUCUUAACUGAUUUUGAUUUUAUGGGCAUUUGUAACAUCAAUUAACUAUCAUGAACUCUAAUUUUUAGAAUUCUCAAAUUUCUGCACAUUAUCUGUAGUUGGAAAAGUUGUGACAAAUAUUUUAAAAUUUAUUUUUGCGAAAUCUGCUAUCAGUAUUAAAUCGCUGAUUUGGACGUUUUUAAAUUUCACCAUCUGAAAUCGUUUAUUAGCAUUAAUAUUCCUAGUGUAAUAAAGCUGAAUUAAGUGCAAGAAAUUUGUAAGUUUUGAAUUGUAAAAAAUAUCACCUGAUACCGCACUGGCCAGUUUCUUCGCCUAGAUUGCUAUUAUUUUGCCAAAUUUUUGUAUGAAAUAAUAUCUAGUUUGCAUUGUUAAUAUUUAAUCAGGAAUUGGUUCACAAAAUUGAAAGUGAAAAUUAUGGGAAGCUGCCGAAUGUUCUGAUGCUAUCAUUUGAUCACACUUAACUCAAAGUGCAAUUUUAUUGGAAAACCUCAAUCAUUUUAUUAUGUGCUCAAUUUCAAGAAUUUGCCACUAUCCGAGAGUGGUGCUUUUUGUGUCAAUGUGUGUUUAGGAUUGUUUAAGUAUGGACAUGAUUUCUCUGUGGUUGAGAACUUGGAAUGAACUUAUGUUAUAAACUCUGAUUUAUUGAAUUUUACAAUCUGAUUAUAUGGGUGAUGUCUUAGCAUCUGUCAGGGUCUUUUAUUUUGAAAAUCCUCAAAGAUGUUGCAUCAAAUAUUACCAUAAAGCCUCUGCUCAACCCACAUGUUAUACGAUUUUUAAAACCUCUCAAGACAUUGGACCUGAGAAUGUUUGAGUCUUAUUCAGCAUUGGGCAAUGAAGGCACGAUUCAGAAUUCUUCAGCUCGAAGGGAACGCUCGUGUUUGGUAAAUGAAAUGGCAUUGAAGUCAUUCCAAAUUCCCAAUCCAUCACGCUGACAAUUGGGAAUUUCAUAUUUGAUGUGAUAAUGUUGUCUGUCCCCCUCUAUACCAAAAUGAUGAUCAAUUAGUAACAUCUACUCUAAUCAUUUUGUCUCGUUAUUUAAUUUUUGUUCUAUAUCUAGGACAACAACCAUAUUUUCGUUUUAUUUUUAUGGAUUAUGUGCAAUAAACGUGAUUUAUUACCUAAGU